CGAAUCUGAUCUGACUAAGUCGCUUGGGAGGGGCUCCAAAGACCGGAUCAUCGAGAAGUUGGUACCUGUGUUAUGCUCUCUCCCAUGCUGCUGUUUAUUCAAGAUGGAGCUAACAUCAAAUAUCCAGUCUGUAUUCAAGAGGAGUACCUUGGACUUCUACCUCAAUGGUACCAAAAUAGAGCUGCGAGAGCCACAUCCUCAGUGGACCCUCCUUGAUUUCAUCAGAUCUCAACAUGGCCUCAAGGGCACGAAGCUGGGAUGCGGAGAAGGCGGAUGCGGUGCUUGUACGGUUGUCUUACAGACUCUGGACAGAGGGAAAGUAAAGCAUCUGGCAGUUAAUGCUUGUUUGUUUCCCCUCAUCGGUGUGAUUGGUAAACAUGUUAUUACAGUUGAAGGCUUGGGGAAUAUUGACAACCCUCAUCCUUUGCAGGAGCGGAUGGCAAAACUCCACGGCUCACAAUGUGGCUUCUGUACUCCGGGAAUAGUAAUGUCUCUAUAUGCUCUCAUAAGAAACUCUUAUGACCCAGUGUCAAAGAAAUUCAACUUGUCUGAGAAUGACAUUGAGAUGGAAGGUCAUCUAGACGGGAAUUUGUGCAGAUGCACGGGAUAUAAGCCGGUGCUAGAAGCCGCAAAGACUUUCGUUACUCAGGAUCUAAAAGGACAAAUUGCAAUCCCUGAUGGCAUCGACGUUGAGCUUGAACCACAUGAAAGCAGUUCAGACUGGCACUACCGAUCAGAGAGCAAUCUUAAUGCUCCCAUAGUAAGUAAUGUGUCCUGCGGACGGCCGGGUGGAUGUUGUAGAGACCCUCCAAAGACAAAAGAGAAGGAUUCAUCAUCCGACGAGUCUUCAAAAUUAUCAGAUGCGUCAUCUGAGGUUGAGACCACAUCGGAAAGCUCGGUUCCCGACGAUAACGAGAAUGAAAUACCUAUUGAUGGAGCAUCGUAUGGAAAGCCCAUGAAAUCGAGGGAGAAAGACCCGGCCAAUGGAACGACAGUCGUUGGGACAAAAGCCACUUCUGGGCUUGAUGCACCACCUCCGAAGACCAAAGAAGGUUAUCCGCAGAUCACAUUCAUCCCUUAUUCGCCAGACACAGAGCUUAUAUUCCCGCCUGCGUUGAAAAAGUAUCAACAUCAAGCAUUACUAUUUGGCAAUGAGACACAUGUAUGGCUUCGCCCAGUCACGAUGGAGCAGCUUCUUUUGAUUAAGGACGCCUACCCUGAAGCGAAGAUGGUUGGUGGAGCUAGCGAAGUCCAGGUCGAGAUUCGGUUCAAGAACUCCUCAUUCCCUAUUUCAGUCUAUGUCAACGACGUCGAAGAGCUUCGUGGUCUGGAAAACAAUUAUGAUGUUAUCGAGAAUUUAGACUCCAUAAUAGAAGUUAUUCUUGGUGCUAACGCAUCGCUAACCGAGGUGGAGAGGAUAUGUAAAGAUCUGUCUCUCAAACUUGGAAAGAGAGGAACUGUACUGGAAGCUGCUCGAAAGCAGCUGCGAUAUUUUGCUGGGCGACAAAUUCGCAAUGUUGCUUCACUUGCAGGCAACAUUGCCACCGCUUCCCCAAUUUCGGAUAUGAACCCAGUUCUACUGGCUGCUGGAGCUACAUUGACUGCUCAAAGCAAGGCUAACGGAAAGAUGACAUUACCCAUGUCGACUUUCUUCACUGCGUACCGAAAGACCACACUGCCUCCAGACGCAGUAAUCACCCAUAUCCACAUUCCGCUUCCAGCUCCGGGGGUAAAGGAGAUCACUAAAGCAUACAAGCAAGCGAAGCGAAAAGACGACGAUAUUGCUAUUGUGACAGCUGCGUUUAGAGUCAGAAUCGACGACGAGGGCCUGGUCUCCGACGUCUCUUUGGCAUAUGGUGGUAUGGCACCCAAAACAAUAGAAGCUAGGGCCACAAUAGAGGUUCUGAAGGGGCGAAAAUGGCACAGCUCAGCCACACUUCAAGGAACCAUGAGCUCACUUGCCCAAGAGUUUAAUCUCAAAUUUGGUGUUCCUGGAGGAAUGGCAACCUACAGAAGAACGUUAGCCAUGUCUAUGUUCUUCCGAUUCUGGCAUGAGACAAUAGCAGGCUUUGGAUUGGGCAAAGUCGAUCCCAGUCUCGUACAGGAGAUUCAUCGUAGCAUCUCCACAGGCCAUCGGGACAAUUACAAUCCACAUGAGCAGCGAGUAGUUGGCAAACAGGUCCCUCAUCUCUCGGCGUUGAAGCAAAACACCGGCGAAGCGCAGUACAUUGACGAUAUGCCAAAAGCAGACCGAGAGCUCUAUGGUGCGAUGGUUUUGUCAAGUCGAGCGCACGCCAAGUUGGUAGAGGUUGAUUGGUCGCCUGCUCUCGGUCCUGGACUUGCCGUUGGAUACGUGGACAAGCAUGAUAUUGCUCCAGAAGCGAAUCUUUGGGGAUCUGUGGUGAAGGAUGAACCAUUCUUUGCUGAUGGAGAAGUGUUCUCACAUGGUCAGCCGAUCGGAUUGGUAUUUGCGGAAACUGCUCUUCAAGCUCAAGCUGCUGCCCGAGCUGUGAAAGUUGUGUAUGAGGAUUUGCCUACCAUACUUACCAUUGAUGAGGCCAUCCAGGCGAAAAGCUUUUUCAAGCAUGGGAAAAUUCUCAAGAAGGGAAUUGCACUUGAAGACAGGAUGGACGAUGUCUGGUCAAAGUGUGAUCAAGUGUUUGAAGGGACGACGAGAAUGGGCGGGCAAGAACAUUUCUACCUUGAGACAAACUCAGCAUUGGUAAUCCCGAAUAGAGAAGAGAAAUCCUUCGAAGUGUGGUCAUCAACACAGAACACGAUGGAAACCCAAGAAUUCGUUGCGCAAGUUACCGGCGUGCCAAGCAAUCGAGUCAACGCUAGAGUAAAACGUCUAGGAGGUGCAUUUGGCGGCAAAGAAUCACGGAGUGUCCAACUUGCAUGUCUCCUUGCUGUGGCAGCAAAGAAAUCGAAUCGACCAAUUCGCUGCAUGCUGAAUCGAGACGACGAUAUGAUGACAUCAGGACAGCGACAUCCAGUGCAAGCCCGCUGGAAAGUAGGUGUGAAGAAGGACGGCACACUUAUUGCCCUCGAAGCUGAUGUGUACGAUAAUGCUGGAUACUCGCAAGAUAUGUCUGGAGCUGUGAUGGACAGAUGUUGCACGCAUUUGGAGAAUUGCUACGAGAUUCCACAUGUGCUUAUUAGAGGACAUGUCUGCAAAACAAACACGCACAGUAACACCGCAUUCAGAGGCUUCGGUGGACCACAGGCUAUGUUCAUUACGGAAAGCUUUAUGUCUGCUGUCGCCGAAGGAUUAGAUAUCCCCAUUGAUGACUUAAGGUGGAAGAACCUUUACAAAGAGGGACAACUUACGCCCUUCUUACAGAAGAUCGACGAAGAUUGGCAUGUCCCAAUGCUGCUAGAGCAGGUCAGAAAAGAGGUCAACUACGACGCUCGCAUAGCAGCAAUUGAGAAGUUCAAUUCAGAGAACAUAUGGAAGAAGCGGGGCAUCUCCAUGAUCCCAACCAAAUUCGGCUUGAGUUUCGCAACAGCUCUGCAUCUAAAUCAAGCUGGAGCUAGUGUCAAAAUCUAUGCAGAUGGUUCCAUCUUGCUACACCAUGGAGGAACUGAAAUGGGACAAGGACUAUACACGAAAAUGUGCCAAGUAGCAGCCCAAGAACUCAACGUUCCUCUCGAUGCUAUCUUCACCCAGGAUACUACGACCUAUCAAAUUGCUAAUGCCUCGCCAACGGCUGCAUCAUCAGGCAGCGAUCUUAAUGGAAUGGCUGUCAAAGAUGCUUGUGAUCAACUGAAUGAGCGCUUAAAGCCACUCAGAGAGAAAUAUGGCCAAGAUGCACCAAUGAAGACUCUCGCUCAUGCAGCAUAUCUCGAGCGAGUGAACCUUGCUGCUAACGGUUUCUGGAAAAUGCCAAAGAUUGGAUAUGUCUGGGGCAAUUACGAUGCUAAAACCGUGAAGCCUAUGUAUUAUUACUUCACUCAGGGAGUAGCCGUCUCAGAAGUCGAACUCGACGUCCUAACAGGAGACCACACCGUCCUCCGCACCGAUAUAAAAAUGGACAUCGGCCGUAGCAUCAACCCCGCCAUCGACUACGGCCAAAUCGAAGGCGCCUUCGUGCAAGGCCAAGGUCUAUUCACCAUGGAAGAAACGCUCUGGACCCGAGACGGGCAACUCGCUACCCGUGGACCAGGCACCUACAAGAUUCCCGGCUUCAGCGACAUCCCCCAAGAAUUCAACGUUAGUUUCUUGCAGGGAGUCAGUUGGCAUCAUUUGAGAAGUAUUCAGAGUAGUAAAGGAGUGGGUGAGCCGCCGCUUUUCCUGGGGGCUACGGUGCUGUUUGCGUUGAGGGAGGCGGUUAAGAGUGCGAGGAGGGAUAAUGGGGUUGAGGAGCCGUUGGUUUUGGAUAGUCCGGCGACGGCGGAGAGGUUGAGGUUAGCGAUUGGAGAUGAGAUCUUGAAGAAGGGGAUGGUUGUUCCGGAAGAGGGAGAGACGAACUUUUUUGUUGCUGUUGCGUGAGGGGGUGUGCCAGCCAUGUUGGAUAUGUUAUGUGAGGCUUUGUAUUCCAAGACUGCCACCAAAUAGCCACUUCAAAUUGGAAAGUGCAAAGCGUUCCGCCACAAAAUCAUUUCCAUAUUCCU